GGGAGAGAUCGCUUUUCCCUGCCAGGACCUGAUGCAAUCCAUUCAAGCCAACAAGUUUGGAGAGAAUGUUGAGUUCAAUCAAUUCAGAACGUCGCGAUGGAGUCCAAUUCAGUCCAGUGGGUCGGCUCCCCGUGCGGUUUACACGGUCCUUACAUUUUCUACAAGGCUUUUCAGUUCCACCUUGAAGGCAGACCAAGGAUUUUGUCCCUGGGCGAUUUUUUCUUUGUACGCUGUAAGCCAGAGGACCCGAUGUGCAUAGCGGAGCUGCAGCUGCUGUGGGAAGAGAGGACUAGCAGGCAACUUUUAUCCAGCUCCAAACUUUAUUUUCUACCCGAAGAUACCCCCCAGGGCAGAAGCAGCGACCAUGGCGAGGAUGAAGUUAUUGCUGCCUCAGAGAAAGUAACGGUGAAGCUUGAAGAUUUGGCAAAAUGGGCCCAGGCAGAUUUCUCAAAAUGGAAACGUGGCCUUCGAGUUGAAGCCCUCAGACCUGCAGAACUGGGCAAGAAUGGACAGAAAGAAGCCUUGACGAGGUUCAGGCAAUCCACACACAACAGCGGCCUCAACUUUAAAGACAUUUUGAAAGAAAAGGCUGAUCUGGGUGAGGAUAAUGAAGAUUCGAACGUGCUGAUCCUCAGCUAUCCUCAAUAUUGUCGCUACCGUUCCAUGCUGAAACGCAUUCAAGACAAACCAGCCGCUAUCCUAACAGACCAGUUCGUAUUAGCCCUAGGGGGCAUCGCCGUAAUCAGCAGAAACCCACAAAUCCUUUACUGUCGAGAUACGUUUGAACACCCGACUCUUACUGAAAACGAAAGCAUAUGUGAUGAGUUUGCGCCAAAUCUUAAAGGCAGACCACGCAAAAAGAAGCCAUGUCCACAAAGAAGAGAUUCGCUCAAUGGCAUUAAAGAUUCCAACAAUAACUGUGACAGCAGAGCAGUUGCCAAGGUAAAAUGUGAAGCUAAAUUGCCUUUGUCCAAAACCAAAAAUAACAGCAACUGCAGAAAGGGCUCAAGUGAGGAUAAAUCAAAGGUUUCUGUAGGAGAAGAAUGCAGAACGGAUGAACAGGCAUUCCUUGUGGCACUUUAUAAAUACAUGAAAGAAAGAAAAACACCAAUUGAACGAAUACCCUAUCUAGGUUUUAAGCAGAUUAACCUUUGGACUAUGUUUCAAGCUGCUCAAAAACUGGGAGGAUAUGAAACAAUAACAGCCCGUCGACAAUGGAAACAUAUUUAUGAUGAAUUAGGUGGUAACCCUGGAAGCACAAGUGCAGCCACAUGUACUCGUAGACAUUAUGAAAGAUUAAUCCUGCCAUAUGAAAGAUUUAUUAAAGGAGAGGAAGAUAAGCCACUACCGCCUGUGAAACCUCGAAAACAAGAUAAUGUUCCCCUGGAGAGUGAAAGUAAGACAAAAUUGUCUGGAACAAAACGGAUCAAAAAUGAAAGCCAAAAGAGCAAAAAAGAAAGAGAUAAUACACAGAAGUCCCAGGAUGCACCUGAGGUUUCAUCUGAACAAGAAAAGGAUCCAGAAUGUCCAGACCAGAAAAGCUUAUCUGAACUAAGUGUAGUAGAUGAGAUGAAGCCAUCUAUAGAAGAGCACGAGGCACCAGUGCCAGAUGCAGCUGGAGGAACACCUCUGGAAAAGACCAACCCAAAGGAAACCAACUCAUACACUGAGGAAGUCAAGGAAGAGGUUUCACCCGAGGACUCCUUUUCAAGCACUUUGGUGCCCUCAGAUGCAGAUGCUGUUUUGGAUUCAACAGCUAGCAAACUAUCCAGUCUGCCAGAGGACCUGGAUGAACCAAAGCAGGAACUCAGAGCACAGAGAUUUGCCAACUACCUAGAAAGCGAUGCCCACGAAAUUCCAUUUAACAACUUCUCCACUGUUGAGCUGCCAAGUCAGAAUGAAAUAGCGGACAAUAAACUCCCAGAGAUGGCAGACUACAUUGCCAACUGCACAGUCAAGGUGGACCAGUUAGGAAAUGAGGACAUACACAAUGCACUGAAGCAGAGCCCCAAAGUCCUUGUAGUACAGAAUUUCGACAUGUUCAAAGAAAAAGAGCCUUUGGGUUCCAUUGAUGGCGAUCCAGGUUUCAGUUACACGCCACUGCUGUACUCCAAAGGCAACCCGGGCAUCAUGUCGCCCCUAGCGAAGAAGAAGCUCCUGUCGCAGGUCAGCGGGGCAAACCUCUCGUGUAGCUAUCCUUAUGGCUCGCCCCCUCCUUUGAUCAGCAAGAAGAAGUUGAGCAGCAGAGAAGAGCAGUCACUGAGCAUGCCCCAAGCUCUUCAUGCCCCUGUGAUGGAGGCCGCAGUGGUCAGCAGGCCCUCUGUGAUCCAACACGUACAGAGUUUUAAGCCCAAAAAUUCAGAGGAAAGGAAACCUGUGAACGAAACCUAUCGGCACGAGUUGCUGUUAAAGAAAGUGGAUUCGGAGUGCUGUGAUUUUACCAAGCAACACCUGACUACUCUAGCUGAGUCCUAUGCGCUGAAAUCAGAAAUUCAGGAUAUGAAAGACAGAAUGAAUGAGAAGAGAGCCCUCCACCAUUCCCACAUGCCCACCUUCUUGACAGACUUUUACUCGUCUCCUCACCUGCACAGCCUUUAUAGGCACACCGAGCACCACCUUAAUAACGAACAGACGUCCAAGUAUCUCCCUCGGGACAUGUUCAGAGAGUCGGAAAACAUUUCCAUGUUCCCUCAGCACAAGCACCUGGAUAAGCGUAACUUAUGCUAUCACCCCCCUUUACAUCAACAAGAGAAAAAGACCCCACUGGAUGCCUCUGUGGAUGAUCAGCCGACUGAUCUGAGUCUUCCGAAAAGUUCCCACAAGCAGACUGCAAAAGGUGUGGGGUCCAGCCUCUUGCAUGCUUCAGCGGGGCAUCCAGAGAGCAAAAGUAUGCCCCAGUUCCAAGCCCUGAGUGGCCAGCCUCUGGGCCUAGACUGUAAUCCCAAAGCUUGUCGUGUCUCCCCAAUGACUGUCUUGGCACCCAAAAAGCAGCAUAGUGAGCCCUUCCUCAGGUCCAGCAAACCACAGAACUUGAGGAAGAUGGAAGGCAUGGCCCACCCCAUCCUCAGCCACAAAACAAAUGUCCAACCUGUCGGGGCAGCUCGGCCUUUGAAGCGCAGCCUGGAGGAUUUGGACAAAGCCAUUUCAGAAAAAAAGAUCCGCGCUGUCUCACCCCUGCGCUUACCAAAGGAAGCACCCACUAAAGAUAAGGGUCUCGAGCCAGAGGUUGAUGGCAGCAAACUGGCGCAUGGCCUGCCCUCUGGCAGCAUGAUCGAGGGCCACAAAUUCCCCCUAUCGAGCCCUAUCUUCACAGGUUUGUACCCAGGGACUCUCUGCAGCGGCCUAAGCAACCGCAUUCCUGCUGGGUACUCUCAUCCUCUGCAGUACUUGAAAAACCAGACAGUGCUUUCUCCACUAAUGCAGCCUUUGGCUCUCCAUUCGUUCAUGGUGCAGAGACAAUUCCUUACCUCCCCUGGCAAUUCGCAGCAGCUUUACAGGCAUUUAGCUGCGGCAACUCCUGUCGGAAGUUCGUACGGUGACCUUUUGCACAACAACAUUUAUCCUUUGGCUGCUAUCAAUCCUCAGGCUGCUUUCCCACCUUCUCAGCUGUCUUCUGUACAUCCAAGCACAAAACUGUAAAUCCUCCCUUUAAAAACAAA